UAUCAAAAAUCCAACAUUCACAUCUGCAAGUAUGAAUGAAGUUGCAGAUAUUAUAAAAGAAGUAAUAAGAAAUCGUCUCCAAUCAAAUGCAUUAUUAGCAAAUGCAAAAAGGAAAUUAGAACAUCUUGAAUCUACUUUUGAUAAUACUUGGAGACGUUCUGAAGUUCGUCAGUACUUUGUUCAAUUGGACCUAUCUCAUAAAGUGCUAAAUAAUGGUCAUACACGAGAUCUUGACAAUUCAUAUUCUGAAAAACGUCCACUACCUGAACCCGAAAAUAUUUGUGAUAAAAAAUUCAAAAAAAGAAUUGCGUCACGAUCAAAUAGUAACACUGAAAAUUAUGAAGAGUUGUUUGAUUAUAAAGGUCGUGAAGAGUUGUUUGAUCAUGAAGUUAGUGAAGAAGAUCGUGAAGA